GAAAAAGAGAAAAAGAGAAAAGAGAGUGAAGAGAGAGAGAGAGAGAGAGAGAGGAGAGAGAGAGAGAGAGAGGAGAGAGAGAGAGAAAGCAAAAAAAGGGAGAGAGAAAAGAAACCAUAAAGAAAUCGAAAUUUCGAUGAAGGACCUUGCGAUAAAAUUAGGAUCUACCGAAAAUCGAACAUGGCGAUCAUAGAGAAAGAAUUUCUCUCUUUUAAUUUUGGUGAUGACGGUGAUUAGUUUAAUGGAUCUGGGAAAGAUUCUGCGGUUAUUAUAAAUGUAUAUGAUGUGUGUAUUAUUAUCGAUUGAGGUAAAAUUAUACCAUUAUCACGUUGCGUCAGUGUAAGAUAGUGUUCGCUAAAGUGCAAUGUUGAAUAUAAGUUUAUAAUGAAAUUGAUAUGCGUUAUCUGUUAUCUGAGGAAAAAUUGAGUAACGUUUGUUGUGAUUUUGUGAUUUUGUAUAAUAUUGAGGAAAAAGUCGUCUUUUUAAUUUUAUUACGUAUCUAAUAUUUGUAAUAUAAAAGAUAUUUAACCCUCAUUUAUGUUAUAAAUGAACACGCCAGCUUUUGGCUACACCCUUCAAAAGAAAAAUGUCGAAGGUGAAAGGAUCUUUAGAUAUACUCGAAAAACUACCGAUGUUUGUAUUGCGGUAGCUGAAAUUUUCUUUGGAUUAUCUUGAUCUAAUCUCGUGGGAAAGAAUCUGAGAAAAAGAAAAGGAAAAGAAAGAGUCAAAGAAGGUCUUGAAUGUGGAUAAUGGUGAUUAUCUCUUGGGAUACAUAGGAAGUAUCUUACCUACGGGAAUAACAACUAUGACACAUUCGCUACGCGAUUCUUUUUGGUUUGAUGCUGGAAUAUAUAAUGGGAGUACAACAACGAUAUCAACGUCAACGACAUCGACUAUAACGCCGUUCGUUGGCACAACCAUGACGACGAAUUCUACAACUGCUACUUUUGUAUACGAUCAAAAUGCAAUUGUAACCAAUAUGAUGUGGGAACUAUACGAUAGUUUCAAUCACGUACAACCGAAUUAUUUGUUAAUUACUCUUUAUGUACCGGUUAUCGCAUUAGCUGUCACAGCCAAUGCACUCGUCAUCGCCGUUGUCUUCAAGUAUCAUUAUAUGAGAAGUGUUACAAAUUAUUUUGUGGUGAAUCUAUCCGUAGCUGAUCUAUUAGUGACUACGAUUUGUAUGCCAGUUGCGGCCAGCCAAGCAGUCUCGAUUGUCUGGAUUUAUGGCGAAGUUAUGUGUAAAUUGUCCUCAUAUCUACAAGGUGUGGCCGUUGCUGCUUCGGUGUAUACAAUUACUGCGAUGAGUAUCGAUAGGUACCUAGCUAUACGGAGUCCUAUAGCUUUUCGACGAGUAUUCAAUCGAAAGAGUACCGUAGUUGUCAUAGUUAUUUUAUGGCUAGUAGCUUUGAGUAUCUUCGUUCCUCUAUUACAAGGGAUGACUCUUCAAAGCCCUGGGAUGGAACUUGUUAAUAUUACUUUUCAUGGUUCCUGGGCGCUAAAGGAGAAUUUUUCACGCAACGAUACACGCGCUUCCCGAUUGCCGCCGGCUUUCUACAUCUGUUCGGAAGAUUUGAAUCCGCUUGAUAUAGAGCCUGAUUUAUUCGGUACCGCCUGCUUUAUUCUAGUUUAUGCUAUUCCUGGUUUUGUCGUGAUAUUGGCCUACUCUAUGAUGGGUCGGACCCUUUGUGCUAGGAAACCGCCGUUCGAUUGUGACAGUGUCAAGGGUAGUGCUAGCUCUCAACAAAACUUCCGAUUGGUACGUGAGAGAAGACGAAUCGCUUGGAUAUUACUGCUUCUCGCAGUGCUUUUCGCCCUUUGUUGGCUUCCUUACAAUGUUCUUAGACUGCUCAUCGAUCUGAAAAUGAUCAAAAAAGGAAAAUCGGACGUCCUGUCCUACUGUCUCUUCCUAGGACACGCGAAUAGUGCUCUCAACCCCGUCCUCUAUUGCUUUAUGACACGCAAUUUUCGAAGAAGUGUUGCAGAGAUUCUUCGACGUGGAUCACGUGGAUUGGUUCGUCGUAAGCUACGUCGCAAAGAUGUUCAUCGAGGUACGGAUGAUGCAUGUGGUGGAUGUAGCACAGUUGGUGACACCAGACGAAGCUUUUUGCGUCAACGAAAGAUGUUGCCUGCAUGCUGUAUACCAAUGGGAGGCCACGAAACUGCAACGUCAAGCAGUGGUUAUAACAGUUUCUACAGUAAGCAGAGUCCUCAUCGUCGUUGUUACAUGUUGAGAAGCAUUCGAAGUACACCACAAAUGCAGUUAGAAUCAAAACCAGUAGACAUCAUUCAAGAUAGACAUCAAAGUUAUGACAAAAAUGAUCCAGAUGCAAGUCAACCACGACAAUGUACCGUUGUUACUAUGGACGAUCGACGUUGUACUUAAUCCUCUUCAGGUAAAUCCAACUCAAAAUUUAAACUUAAGAUUUACCGAACAAAUUUAGAACAUAUAUGCUUUAAUUGAUGUAUCAUAAUUAAUUAAUUCAUACAUUAUAUUUUCCCAUAAGUUUUCAAAAUCAAAAUUGGGUUUUUACAGUAAACGUUUUAAAUUCGAUAAAUCUUGAGAUAACUCGUCGUUUAAUAAGAAUCAUUCGAUUGAUCCUUAUUACCGAUGUUUAUCAAAAUUCAUGACGUGUUGUCGCUAAAUAUGAAUAUUAUAGAUUGCAUGUGAAAUGUUCUACGAAAUGUCGGACAGAAGCAGAGAAAAUAAAGACGAUUAGCCGUCUAGAAGGGUAGAAAGGAAUUAUUCUUUCUUCCUACCUUGAAGUUUUACGAUGUAACGUAACGUGUAAAGUUACAAGCUAUGGGCAGAGAAAAGAAAUUAACGCGAGAAUGAUCGGGAGUUUUAUGAGUUGUUCUUACGAAAAAGGAAACGACUCCCUUGUCGUAUCUUCUUCUUAUGUCCUAGCGUACUCCCUUUAUUACCGUCGUAAUUGUACACGAAAUUAAAGAACAAAUUAUUCGGAAUGAAGGGAAAAUCGAUCGAACGUUAGUAAGCAUUGAAAAUAUUUUCAAAUUAUUAAAAUUGAAAAAUGUGGAAAAUAAUUGAUAUCAUUUUCGUCGACAAAGACGAGAAGUGCUGUUAAUUAAAUUCCCUUCAAUGUAUAUUUACAUGAUUAUACUCAGAAACAGGCACGUAUAUACACAUACACACGCCCACAUUUUCACAUAUGCGUGCCCACAAAGGAACACAUGCACAGUGGAAACUUUUUUAUCUGAUAGGACAGUAUCGAUAAUUACGAACUGUUAUGGCUAAUCCAUAAUCGAUUAAGCGAAACUAAUUCGAGAAAGAAAACAAAUUACAGGGCAAAUAAAGUAAGGAGUAAGAACAAUCGAAUUUACGACAAGUUUUAAGUGAUAAAGAUUUCUUCGUACUACCUUAGAUUUUAUUUUUGAGCAAGUAUUUUAUACUCGUAGAGAAUAGCGAGUUUGCGGUAUGCUAACUGAUUUAUUAAGUCGACCAACUGUGCGAACUUAUUUUAUGUUGUUUACAUAUUAAAUUUUUAUUCCGAUCAAGUUUCUCGCCAUACAAAUGUUAUCGUGAAUAAUUUAAAGAGAGAAAGAAAAAAGAAAAAAGAAAACAAAUAAACCAAACGAAAAAAAAAAUUGCAGGUCGAUGUAUAUUUUUAACGUAAACUCUAUUACUUUCGAUCGAUCGAUGAGCCAAUAAAUACGACGAUUUAACAUCUUAUAGUGCUCGCGUUAUUCGCCGUAAAGUUUUCAUCCGAGCUUUUAUUGGUCAUGUGAAACGAAACCCGAGCGGAGAAUAUAUUGUUAUAGAUAGUAGACACUCGACGAACGUGUAUUGAAAAGAGAUUGCUAAUUGGAUUAUCGACUAAAAGAAAAAGAUAGGGAGGAAAAGAUACGGAGGAAAAGAUAUGGAGGAAAAGAUAGAGAGGAAAAGAUAGAGAGGAAAAAACAGAGAAAGAGAGAGAGAGAGAGAGAGAGAGAGAGAGAGAAAGAGAGAGAAAAAGAAAGGGAAAGAAUUUCGAAGAAAUAAAUAAAGAAUCAUAUCUGAUCUUGUAAUUAAUUGUAAGACGACGACGAUUUUUGUUACAAAAGCUAUUCCGAUGAUUUUUCUGAUUCUCGAUAAAAUAUUAUCGAUAAACUAUUAUACUCUGAGAUUCAGGAAGAUCAAUAAUAUUAUCUACUACGCAUCGUGUAAAUAUUUAUUCAUGGUAUUUCCGCUUCAACGAUACUGCAAGUUUGACCAUAACAUUGUAUAUCACGUCGAAGAAACGAGUUUCGUUUUAAACAUUAAUUACAAUGUAUUGGAGUAAUAUAGUGAAAGCUAAAGUAUCGACGAAUUUGGGAGAUUCUGUGUACUUUACUUUAUGUAAAGCAUAUCGUGUCGUGUAUUUUGAAUAAAGAUUAAUAUAUCAUUAAUAUUCACGUAAAA